AUGUCGCGACCUUGGGACCCCAGCCGAGCAGCUUGGCUGUAUCCUCUCCGGGGUAUCUUAUACUUUGCAUCGAAUCGGUUCCUAUGGCCUCUCUUUAAGGCCCGCCUUCUCCCCAUUGUCCUCCUUUCAACUUUCAUAUACUUCAUUCUCUUCUUCUUCGCCUACCUGCCGCAGGUGGCCUUUCUUGCUAUCUUCCAGGGUAGCUCAGCAUGGGUCAGUGGCGCAUUUCUGGUGCUCGGUGAAGGUGCAGCGAUUGUCGCCGCACUAUUCGAAGCCUUCUUUGUUGACGAGACACUGGUGGAUAUUUUUGAUGCGGUGUUGGUCAACGAGGGCCAGGAGGAGCUCGUUACCACCUCUCGAGUUAUCUAUCCCGAGCCGGGCGAUCCAGCUAAGCGUCUCGGCACGCCGACCACUAGUGCCGUCUAUUCCCCCCUCUCGUUCCGACAGAUCGCCGAAUUUAUUAUUCUACUUCCGCUCAUCUUCAUUCCUGUGGCUGGCACUCCAAUGUUCUUGAUUCUGACUGGAUAUCGUGCCGGUCCGUUCCAUCAUUGGCGUUACUUCCACUUACUUGACAUGACCAAGAAGCAGAGAAAGGAAAGUAUCAGUCGGCGCCAAUUGCAAUACACUACCUUUGGAACGGUGGCUCUGUUACUCCAAUUGGUCCCUCCUUUCUCCAUGCUGUUCUUGAUGACCACGGCUGCCGGCUCGGCGCUUUGGGUGACAGACCUCGAACGUAAGCGACGAGCUGCCAAUCAUGAGUCCAGUCUGUUAGGUGAGCAGUACCGUGAUGAAAUUAUGCCAUGA